CCUUUCCUAGUUCCUAUUACCACAACCACACCCCUCUCCUCCAUUCAUACCCCUAUAAGAUUCUCUCAUAAAAACAACAAUCACAGUAACAUCAUCAACAUCAAUGAAAACAACACAAACAUCAAACAAAUGAAACCCCAACCUCUCCUCACUAUUUCAUUCCAAUCACUCCCUUUUAUCUUAAUCUAAUCCUCUCUCUCUCUCUUUCUCACACACACACACUUUUUGAAGAGUUAUUAUCAUAUAGUGUUAGGGACCAACCCAAACUGUUCAAUAGAGUACUCUCUUCUCUUCACUCUCUAGUUGAGUCACUGAGACACAGUAACAGAAACAGGAAGAACAACAACAACAUCAUGUCCCUUGAAGAGACUCUAAGAUCUCUCUCCCUUGACUACCUCAACCUUCUCAUCAACGGCCAAGCCUUCAGCGACGUAACUUUCCAAGUCGAAGGUCGGUUGGUUCACGCUCAUCGCUGCAUCUUAGCAGCAAGGAGUCUCUUCUUCAGGAAAUUCUUUUGUGGACCCGACCCACCGCCGGGUCUUGACCCAACAGGAGGAGGAUCUUCUCGGCAAUCCAAUCCAAGACCCGGUGUUAUUCCGGUGAAUUCUGUUGGAUAUGAGGUGUUCCUCCUCCUUUUGCAGUUUCUGUACAGUGGACAAGUUUCUAUUGUUCCUCAGAAACAUGAGCCUAGGCCUAAUUGUGGUGAAAGAGGGUGCUGGCACACGCAUUGUUCCUCAGCCGUUGAUCUUGCCCUUGACACACUCGCUGCCGCUAGAUACUUUGGAGUUGAACAGCUUGCAUUGCUCACUCAGAAGCAACUAGUGAGCACGGUAGAGAAAGCUUCAAUAGACGAUGUGAUGAAAGUACUAAUAGCUUCAAGAAAGCAAGAAAUGCACCAACUUUGGACAACAUGUUCCCACCUUGUUGCCAAAUCUGGACUCCCACCUGAAGUCCUUGCAAAGCACCUCCCCAUCGACGUAGUCGCCAAAAUCGAAGAGCUUCGUCUAAAAACCUCCUUAGCACGCCGCUCCUUAAUGCCACUCCACCACCAUCAUCACCACCUCCACCACGACUUGGGCGACCUUGAGGACCAAAAAAUCCGCCGAAUGAGGCGGGCUCUUGACUCCUCAGACGUCGAACUAGUCAAACUCAUGGUCAUGGGAGAAGGACUCAACCUCGAUGAAGCAUUGGCAUUACACUAUGGAGUUGAGAAUUGCAGCAGAGAAGUGGUGAAAGCCUUGCUUGAACUCGGUGCCGCCGAUGUUAACUACCCUGCUGGACCAUCCGGGAAAUCUCCGCUUCAUGUGGCCGCAGAGAUGGUGUCGCCAGAAAUGGUGGCGGUUUUGCUUGACCAUCAUGCGGACCCCACAGUUAGAACCGUUGAUGGUGUGACACCUUUGGAUAUACUAAGAACCCUAACCUCUGAUUUUCUCUUCAAAGGUGCUGUUCCUGGAUUGACCCACAUUGAACCAAACAAGUUAAGAUUAUGUUUGGAACUUGUUCAAUCCGCAGCACUUGUUAUGUCGCGUGAAGAAAACAAUGCUAAUAACAACAACAAUGCAUCUUCAUCAGCAGCACCAAUUUACCCUCCAAUGAGUGAAGAUCAUAGCAGCAGUAGCAGUGGAAAUAACAACAAUAAUAACAACAACAAUAACAUUGGUAACCUGAAUUUGGAUUCUAGAUUGGUGUACCUCAACCUUGGUGCUGCCCGAAUGGGAGGAGGUGGUGAUGAUGAUGAUAGUGGUCACAAUAGUCAUAGGGAAGCCAUGAAUCGUCAAGGUGGUGGAUGUGACCCAACAAUGUAUCAUCACUCUCAUGAUUUCUAAGCCUAGCUGUAAAUGGCUAGAAAUAGCUAAGUCAAAGUGGCACAAAAAUUUCUAAUAUAUAAUUGAAGAAGUUGUUUUGAAUUACACUGUUGAUGAUGGAAAAUGGUUCAAAGAGAAGACAAGAAGAUGAUGGUUCAUGCACAAUGGACAAGAAAGAAGGACAUGGAUAGAUAUGGACAUGAACACUGUUGGAUGGAUGGGGCAUAAAAUUUACUUUUUCUUUUAUUGUUUGUUACUUGAAAUUGAAAUUAAAUGUAGUGUUCACUAAUUAAGUCAUUUCAUUACACUGUUGUUUUUGUUUUUGUUUUUGGCUCUUUUGUCUAUGUUGGUAUUAUUUAUUUAUUUUGUAGGUCUUUUAAAUGUUCAAUCAGCAUUUGAAGUGCGGUUUCAUAGGAGAUCGAUAUGAGGAUAAAAGACAAGAGAAUCUAAUCAGUUUAUUAUUAUUUUUGGGUGUAAAAUGAAAGGGCGCAUGGAGGAGACGCAGGUCAAUCUUUUCAAACUACCAUUUCAUCUGUCAACUCCUUUGUUUUUUUUUUGUAUAUUAACAAAGUUAGCUAAUAUCAUUCCUAUAUCCAUCUUUUUGUGAAUGAAUAAUCCCUUUGGCUUUUGUAAUAUCAAUUCUUGUCCCACUUUCUCCUAACCCAAA